AUGAGUUUACCGUAUAGUACCCCAGAUUUGGAAGAAGGAUUCCGAACACCAUUUAGCUCUUCAAAGAAUCGACCCUUUGCUUCGUCUUCGUCAUUUAAUUGGAAUCCGGAACCUACGGUGCCACCUCCUAAAGUAAAUAAAGGAAAAUCCGCAGAAAAUCAACCACGAGAUCCGUUGGACGAGGAUUAUGACUCAGACAAUAGUACCCCGCAACAACGUCGAGAUCCACCCGAGCCCCCUGUGUCUGGAUACGGAUUACAUAAUACAGCAAACAGAAAUGAACCAACUUUUAAUCGACAACAGCAAGAACCCGAACAACAAACCUCCUCUCGCAUCAUUAAGCAUUUCAAAUUCGCAUACGACGGUAAUAAUUUUAUGAAGUUUUUGACACGAUUUGAACGAGCGGCAAAGGCAUGCAAGGCAACGGAUUACGAUAAAGCUUUGCAAAUUGGACAGUUUAUGAAAACGGAAGAACUCCUUACUCAACUAGAGGCUAUGGACGGAUACGACACAUACAAUUGGGCCACGUUACAAAAAGAAAUGAUUGAAAGAUGGGGAGAAUUUGACGAUAUAACUUCGUAUACGACCACCAACUUAGUCAACCUGGUAGAAGAAUUUUCUAGAGAAGAUGAAAUACUAAGCUACCACGAAUUCCAGAUGUACCUUCAAAUUUUUUCAGAAAUCCUCAAUGAACUCGUCAGAAAUAAGGAUUUAAAGAAGAGACGGGAUGCAUCACUCCUUUUCAUCAGUGCUUUUCCUCAAAGGAUUCAGAACAACAUCCGACAAACUCUAAUCAAGAAUGGACAACUCCCAACAGGACUGGACGGAAUUAGCCUACCCCCUCUUUGGAAACACGUUACGGAAGUUGCAGAAAUGCAGAUCAGACUGGAAAAUGACUAUCUUGAACGCAUACUGACUUGUAAAGCUCCCAACUGCCAUCCAAAGGCUGAACAAUCAAUAGAAGAUCUGGUCAAGGAAGUCGCUUCACUCAAAAAACAAAUAAUGGAACUCAGACCACCUGUUAUAUACAAACAUUCACCACCUGUUGCCCCAUUGGAACCAGUAGUGGAUUUUACGGAACCGGAAAUUGACGUCUUUGAGCCAGCCACAGAUAUUAUGGGACCAGGAACAUACUAUGAAGAACCCAAGAUGGGUAUUACGGAAACAACACUGAAAGAAGCUACAACAACUGUACUGCCGGAUCUGGUGACGGAAUGGAAAGCGGCUUCAGUAAACUUAAUGGAUACAGCAACGGAGCUUUUGCAUACAGUGAUUGACAUACCAGAAAUGGAAGUGGACAAGCUGGAUAUUUUUCAAAGCACCAAAACCUCCGAAGUCUUGGAUCAAUCUGUUCAAAUCAUAGAAACAUUGGAUCAGCCAACACGGAUCAACAAAAAUUACGUCCAAUUCCUCCUCACGGAAAACUUGACAGAAGAUCUUGAAUUUCCUAAAGCACCUAAAAUUCUUUGGAUUCAAAAUAUCAACAAACACAAACCUAAGCUCUUCAACAAACAACUGUUCAAACCUUACUUGGAUUCAGAUCAAUUAUCUCAAGACAUCAACAACACACCCCAAAACCUGGAAUCAGAGAAAAAUCAAAAUAAUUCUGUCUUAUUAGCUACCAAAAAAUUCAAAACAAUGGGCUCAGUUUCACCCAGUCAAAUUCUUACAUUACCAAUUUCAAACUCAACAAUUGUUGAAGAAACCUUUGUGAUUCCGCCAAAACCGAGUCCACCAGAUAUUACGACAACACGUAUUACUAUUCUGGAAGAACAAAACCAACUCACCCCACUAGUGGAAGAUUCAAUCAGCAGACUCUCUCACUUUGGCUUUUCAAAUAAAUUAUUUCUCUUAUUUUUCUUACUCAUAAAACUCCUUUUUCAACUACCUCAAAAGAUUCCACCAGACCACUUUGGGCAACUUUACGCAACGUUCAAACCCCACAGGAUCCUUGUUGGAGUUGGUUGA